GGACGGUAGGACGGGGAACAAGUCCACGAAAACAAGGGGGAUCAAUUGACUUCUCCAUUACUAUAGCGAUUUAUAACAUUCUAAUAGCCUGGGAAUGUUGUAUUUAUUGUAUGUUAGUGAUAACAUUCUUUAAUUGUCAAGCGAUUUUAUGCAGUUUUAGCAUUGUUUCCGUAGAGUUUCCGUUGAUUCCGUUAAAUCGACAUACACCAGCUGUGACGACCGGGACAAUGUAUUUAGAGCGCAAAUGCUGGCCUUAUGUAUUUUUAUCUAGGUUAAUGACCGGUUUGCAUACAGAAUGGUAAACGACUACCAGACCAACUUUAGGAACGAUAGCCCAACGUUACCAAGAUGGGACUGGAAGCUCCUAUUUUCACUGCUCUCCCGAUGAUCCUAGGAAGUCUAGGGAUCUUCCUCACCUUCUAUUUCCUUCACAAGAAGCGGCCGCGUCACCUGGAAUAUGUUGGGACAGUUAAAGAACUGUAUCUCCAUCCCUUGAAGUCAUGUCGCGGCGUGACUCUCCAGGAAGCGGAGUGUACUUGGUUGGGACUGAGGGCAGAUGGCGUCUACGAUAGGCAUUACCUGUUAUGCGACCCCAGUAAUGAUAACAGCUUUGUGGGCCUGUGCCAUAAACACCAGGCUGCCAAUAUCACCAGCACCAUCAACGACUCGGACGAGAUCCUUGUAUCGGCACCAAACAUGGAACCCUUGACCCUACACAAGACGUGCAAGAUUGACCCAUCCAAAACCAUCAUGUGCAAGCUAUACGGCGAGAUCAGCGAAACCAUGGACUGCGGCGAUGCUGCCGCAGAUUGGAUCAACCAGGCCCUCGGGACCAGUGGACUGCGGCUCGUGUAUGCUGCUGGCGGGAUGAGGGAGCGGGUGUCGACCAUGUUCUUCAGUGAAGAUGGCGGGAUAAGCACUGAUCAUGACCAGAAGUACACCAAUCAAUUCCUCCUGCCAGAGCAGAGCACUUACAAUUUACUCUCCCAGGCUUCGCUAAAUGACUUGAAUAACAGGCUGAAGCAGAAAGUAUCGGUUAGGAACUUCAGGCCAAACAUUGUUGUUGACGGGUGUGCUCCAUUUGCUGAGGAUGACUGGGAGGAGAUCUUCAUAAAUGAGUCUAGGUUCUUUCAAUUUGCUCUUGCAGAAAGGUGCACCAUGACAACUGUGGACCCGGACUGCCCCGAAAGUGCCCACGCAGCCAAAGACCCACUUGCGACGUUACGAAGGUAUCGUUCAAAGCCCGAGUGGCCAGCGGGACCGGUGUUUGGCGUACGUCUUGGUAUCAGUCAUCUUGGGAACAUCAAGGUCGGAGACCAAGUAUAUGUCAAGAGGAAGUCAUAAAUAUAGCGUGCUCUCUCUCUCGUCAUUCCGUAUGUUCGACUGAGAGUGCCAUUCCUGCAAAUAUGACCCUUGUGGAGAGCGUAUACUUAGAUAGGAGGUAUCAUUUGCCUCAUUAUAAUGAACUAACUGUACUUUCUAUUACAUUUAUUGUAUUAUUCUUGCAUUGCAAUUUAUUGUAUUGCAUCUUUGUAUAAAGUGUGGAAUAUAUAUAUAUAACUCCAGUUGUGGAUCCAGAAAUUUGAAAAGUGGGGGAGCGGCCCCAGCCAGAGCACAGAAAGUCCGAUCUUGUUCCAUGAACCCAUAGUCCGCAUUUCACCCGAAAUAUCAACCCCGCUUGUGAUCCAGUUGACGGUUAAAUUAGUAAUCUGUAUCGUAGACAUCAAUAUUAUUUUUGUACAUGCAUGUAAUAAAAACACAAAUAUGUAUGAAUA